GGAUUUCUUUGAGAACUAUUGAUGCGAUUGAUGCACGGCCCUGCAACUCCAUGCAAAGUCUAUGAUUGAGCACUAAACUAUUGAGCGUGAUAUUAUCUUAUUGCCGAUUUAAUGAUAUAUCGAACCACAUAAUUUUGCCUCCCAUCGAGCACUCGAAGUGGUUCUAUUGUUUCAUAUCAAGCAUUGAUCUUUCGGAGCAACACGCAUUUUUGACUUAGUUUAUUGAUUAUUGCUGACCAAACAAGUGGCGUAGUGCGUAGGCACCCAUUGGAGACAGCCCAGCUGGUUGCCAUAGUUUGAGUGAUCAAUACGGUGUCGGGCGAAAGUCACCGAGGCUUCGGGCUGACACAGUGAUAGUGCAAACGAACGUAUUUCCUUAUCCAUUUCGCUGGUUUUGAAGUAGAGAUAAAGCAAUGGCUCGUCACUGUACAACAGCAACGCUUGCCAAGCAACUUCCUAAACAGGAAGUCGGUCAACAGCUCAGUGAAUGGAGGAAACGGCUCCAACUUUUGGAGGGUGAGAAGAAAGCCAACUAUGAAGAGGGCGAAGAAGAAAAGAAGAGGAAUAUUGCUUUGAUCCAAUCAUUGAAGAAAGAUAUACGAAUUAUGAAGGAAAAGGCAGAGCGGUCUGGAAAGAACGAGCUGCUGAUGCGGGACGCCCUGGAAGGCAUGGCCACCGCCAGCGUAGCCCACCAGCACGUGGAGCCCGUCUCCAAGCUGGACAGCAAGAACGACCGGCUGGGCGACCUCACCAAUAAGCUGAACAAGCUGCGCUCCGUGACCGCCAAGAAGAGGCAGAAACUGGCCUCCAUCAUGGCGACAUUUGAGGACGCCGUUGUAGACAACAUCGUCUAUGAGGAGAACCGUCAGCCAGACGAAGUGCACGUUCGGGACCUCAACAACCGCCUGGACUGCAUGUCCAAGAAGCUCCUGGAGGCGCAGAUGGUUCGGGACAAGUACCGCGGCGUGGUAAGCUCUCUGCGCGCCGAGCAGAUGACCUACGCCAGCCGGCUGCAGCUGAUGCAGCGCCGGCUGGGGGAGGCGGCCGGCGCGCGCUCUGCCGUCACCAGGGCCGAACAGUACGCCGCCUCUGUGCGAGAGACGGCCCAGUCUCAGCUGUCACAGAGCCAGCAGCUCUCCAGCGAGUGGAGGCAGGAGCGAGACUCCAAACUCAACGAGUACAAACGUCAGGCGGAGAAGCAGCGCUCCGAGUACCUACACCUGCGUCGGCAGCUGUACCUGGGCGGUACUGAGCACCCCCUGCAGUCAGAGGCGUCCAGCGGCGGCGUCAAGCUGGCUCCCAACGUCAGCCAGCUGGUGUCCGACCAGCUGCACGGCCUCUACGAGCAGGCCAAACAGAUGAUGGAAAGCCUCGGAGCAAGAACUAUUGAUGACGUCGUGAAACUGUUUGAAAUGCAAGCUGACACAUCACGACAGCUGACUAUGGUAUGGAAGGAUACGGAAAACAACAUCAAGACGCUCAAGAAGAAGAAGCAAGACAAUGAACUGGAAAUAGAAAAGCUAAAAUAUGCCGAUAACCUUGAAGAAAUUAGAAUGCGAAACCAGUGUCUGGAGCUGCGGGAGACCAUCGAGGGCCACCUGGCCAGGAAGAAGGUGCAGGACGACCGCGUGGAGGUCAUCAUCGGCACCCUGUCCCGCCUGCGAGCCGGGCUGACGCACAUGGUCGACCAGUUCCAGGAGAACGGUCUGACGGUGUUGAAGUUACCGUCCAAGUCUAGCAGUCAGCUGCCGCCCAUCGCCGCCCUGUUCGAGGCGGUCCACACCGCCGUCCAGUUCGUCAUGGAGCCGAUGCAGACCGUCAACGUGCCGCAAAUGAUGCUGGAAAUGGAUGCCAAGGAGUUUUCUGCCACCAAGUCAGAACUGGACGCGCUGGAUCACAAAGUGCGCGGCGUUCCCCCCAUCCGACCGCCGGGAAAGAAACGGUUCUCGUUCUUGCUGCUGGACCGUCCAGACGUAAUAGACGAGGGUCCGAGCGUGCUGACCCGGGCACAGAUGAAGCGGCACGCCCAGGUCAUGAUCGAGGCCCGACAGAGGAAGAUCCGGCCGCCCACCAGCCGCGACCUGCGGAAGACGCGGCGGCGCAGCACGGUCAUAGACAGGGGCCUGCAGGCCAUGUUCUGAACGCACCGGGCAGGGGGAGUGGGUAACUAUGACCGUGAUUACACUGAGCCUGCAUUAUUUCUGCACAUAAUUGGAGUCGCACAGCUUGUGUCGCGAACAAGCUGCGCUGUACUUCCUAUACGUGUCUCCUGCGCUUCAGUAGCUGGCGCAGGAUAGAUGCAUGGCUAUCGUUCGAGAUAACCUUGUCAUCAACAUUUAUGAAUUCAAGGAAGGUAAGGCCUGCUCAACCGAAACAUGAAUCAUUUGUCGACUUGGGCACGGCUCUUCUAUCUAUUGUCGUGUGUCUUGUGUCUCAAAGCCAUGGACUGACUGAAUGUUUUCGGAGUCGAGCAGCGUUCCACGAAAUCGACUACGAUUAUUCGAAACGAUCAAGCGAUUCGAACUUGAAAUGAAUCAGCAUUUCACCGCGUAGCCAUGACGCCAAUUUUACAAAUAAUGCGAACUGAAUGCGCUAUUGGAGGAUGUGUAUGAUUGUUUAAUGAUGUUCAUUGUCGCAAAAGGUAGCAUCAAAGUCCUGCUUACCCGAUUCCAGAUCUGAAUGAUGAGUAACAUGAACUAGGAUUUGCAUCAGUUCAGCACUGGAGUUUUGGUAGCCUAGCAGGACACGUGUAUGAUUGUUUUGCAUUCAUCGUGUUUCACGCUUGUUCAUCCUGGUUGCUAAGCACUCAUGUACAAAUACAGCAUCCGGCUCUUAUGGUACAUACCCAUCGCUCGACAUCC